CCCCGCCGACUUCUACCCGCCGCGGGGCCGCGCCGCCGGAGAGCGGCUGCCGGUGCCGGCCCGAGCGGAGCAGAGUGGACCUGCGGCAGUGCCGGGACGAAAGCGCCCGCGGGCCAUGGACGGGCGGGCAGUGCUGAUCCACGCGCUGCUAGCGGCAGUGUGCUCGGCGGCGGCGGGCGGGCUGGGCCGGGACGAGCUACACAACGAAGUGCUGCACAAGGGCGGCGGAGAAGCGCCGGUCCCGGCUACGGCUCCGCUGCUCGGCGGUAGCCCGGAGAAAGAGGGCGGUGGAGCGGCCUCGGGGGACGAGCUCAGCGAGCUGCCGAGAGUUGCUUUCCUGUCGAAGCCUCAAGGCCUGGUUACUCCCAAGAAAAAAGGGAACGGGAAUAAAAGAAGAAAAGGCAAAGGCCAGGGGAAGAAGAGAGACCCGUGCCUGCGGAAGUACAAGGAUUUCUGUAUUCACGGCGAAUGCAAAUACAUCCGAGAGCUGGGAGCUCCCUCUUGCAUAUGCCAGCCAGGAUAUCACGGAGAGAGAUGCCAUGGCCUCUCGCUGCCUGUAGAGCACCCCCCCAGUGCAUACGACCACACCACAGCAUUGGCUGUCGUUGCUGUUGUCCUCUCCUCCCUCUGUCUCAUCAUCAUUGCAGCCCUGCUGAUGCUCAGGUGUCACAAGAGGGGUGUCUACGAUGUAGAGAGCGAAGAGAAAAUCAAGCUGGGCAUCACUGUGAAUCACUGAGGAUGCCGGGUGCUGGCAAGGGGUCGGCACUAAUGCACUUCUACCUCCUGGAAGAGGCGAGAGCCAUGGAGCCAGUGCUGUUCCUGGGUGCUGGCUGGAGCAGUGGGACAGCGUCUGCUCCAGGGCUGAUCCAGCAGCGGCGUCACUGCAGGGAGCUCCGUGGCCACCUCCAGAAUGGAGCUCGGAGAGGUGCUCGCUGGCUGUGUGGAGCAGGAGGGACCGGCCAGCGGCAGCUCUCCAUGUGCUGUGGUGCACGCCGAGAACAAGCUGUGAAAGGAGGAGAGCGGGCUCGGGGCUUGCUGCGAUGCAGGAGGGGCGGGAGGGUAACAGCUAUUUAACAAGAGACUUUUCAUUUUAAAUUAUAUAUUUAUUUUAGAUAAACUGUACAUAGUAUUUAUAUUUAUUGUAGGUCUGGCCCCUGCAUCUUUCAUGUAGGUCAAGAUGACUGGAUCAGACCUCCCUCAUUUUUUAAGUGCGAUGUAAUAUUCUAAUAAAUAACACUUUGUUACAAACA